UAUAUAACCUUUUUUCUCCUCUCCGUUUCACACACUAAUUCAAUUUCUCUGAAAAUUUCAAUAUCCCGUUCUGCCCCUAAAGCCUAUCUCAAUGAAUGCAACAACACUAUUCACCGUCUCCCCACUCCUUUCAUCGCUGGCGAACCGCCGGGGAGUCUCAAUUAAAGCCGCCGUGUCAACAUUAGCGGCCGAGUCUUUCCGAGUUGACCCAGGGAGGAAGUCGCUGAGUCUGUACGAGAUUCUUCAAGUUAAGAGAACGGCGUCGUUAACGGAGAUUAAGGGUGCGUUUAGGAGUCUAGCCAAGGUUUAUCAUCCUGAUGUGAGCGGUAGUGAUGGUGGAGAGCAAUUGGACGGUCUGGAUUUUGUUGAGAUAUGUAAUGCCUAUGAAACGCUGUCGGAUCCCGCUGCUCGUGCUAUGUAUGAUUUGUCGUUGGGUUACAGUAGUAGCAGGAAGAGACCGGUUAGGUUUUCCGGUGGGUAUUCUCUGAACCGGCGGUGGGAAACUGAUCAGUGCUGGUAAAAUGGCGACGUUUUAGGAAAGUUUUUUUUUUUUGUAGUAUUUUGAGCUUCUUUACAGAAGCAUGCCACGUGAUGUUGCAAUUUGCAGAGAUAAAUAUUUUUAAUUUUGAAUCUAGCAUAUGCAAUAUCAAAACAAAAUCAAAGCUUUGAUUGAUGCAGAAUUUUAUUCAUGAAAUCAAGGCAGAUUUCUA